GCCUGGGUGGAGAGUGCUGACACCACAUCUUGUGCUUCGGGUUGAAGAAUAUGAAUAAUUGUGAAAUUAUUGUCCACCAGUCGGAUUCCUUAACAUUUUGCAUUCCACGCCGAUAUAAUAACCUGCAACCUGCGAACAAAUAUAGAGGGCGCCGCAGUGGUGAAAGUUGCGCCGUCGCAGCAAGUUUUCUGGCUCAUGUUUCUCACCCGGCUGGGGACCAAGUGGAGUGAGGGAGGGGGGAGGGGAGGGGGGUGCUAACCCUUCAGUUCUAUCGUUUCAACUCACUGGGGCACUUCAACCCACCGGCGCGCGUUAACACAUUGUUCUAUUUCCAUGGGUGUGAAGGACAGGGAAUCAUACGACACAACCGCCUGCUGCGCGCAGGCAGUGAUAGUCACGGUGAAAAGCUAUGAUCAUGCUCGCUUUUUAUGAUCAGAUAACUCUUGCACGUGCUUUCAUAUCUGGCUGUCUCAGUUCCAAAAUUAAUACAAGAUUACGCUUUGCUCAGACUUAAGUGACUUGAUCAUAAACAAAACUGACAUAGUUUCUUUCUGCACCCUGCCAUCAAUAGUUGCGGACUCCUCGUAAAAUGCAGCUGAAAGGCAUAUUUUUACUCCUGUCUUUAGGAGCGUUCACCUCUUAUUAUGUUUACCAGCCCAUUCCAGACAAGAUAGAGGAGAGAUGGAAACUCAUGUUGACCGACUGUUUCUUCAGAAGUCUCAGCCACCUGGCAGACUUCAGUGAGCUGCUGGGGUUGAAGGACUACAUGGGGGUGAUGAUGUUCAUCACGUUCGCUGAGCGGGUGGUGCCCGUGUCAGACCAACGUGUGCACGUCACAGAGGAGCUGUUUGAUGGGGUGGAGGUGGUGGUGUACCAGCCCAAACUGCAGGGCGGCGACACUGAGCUGAGGAGAGCAGUCAUAUACCUGCAUGGAGGAGGAUGGUGCUUGGGCAGCGCCAGAAUGGGACCGUACGACCUCCUAGCUAGGCAGAUGGUCAUUGAUCUUAACUCUGUGGUCGUGUCUGUAGAGUACCGCCUGGCCCCAGAGCACCACUUCCCUGUCCCAUAUGAGGAUGUGUACCGGGUGGUGAAGCACUUCCUCCAGAGGGUAGUUCUGGCCCAGUACACUGUAGACCCAGGACGUAUCGCUGUGUCUGGGGACAGCGCCGGGGGAAACCUGGCUGCUGCUGUGUCCCAGCAGCUGCAGCAGGAUCCAGAACAGCAGCUGCAGCUGAAGGUCCAGGCCCUGCUCUACCCUGUGCUGCAGGCUCUGGACCUCAAUACCCCGUCCUACCAGCAGAACCAGAACAUGCCUAUCCUGCCCCGUACCCUAAUGGUGCGCUUCUGGAGUGAGUACUUCACCAGCGACAAGACCUUCUUCAGGGCCAUGAUGACCAACACUCACAACAGCCCAGAGUCCGCUGCUCUGCUCAAAUUCGUCAACUGGAGUGCCUUCCUGCCAGAGUCCUACCGGGGCAAGUACAACUACAGCGCUCCGGUCGUGGCGUUGUCGGCUGGAGGGGCAGGGUCGGACGGGCCAUCGCGCUCCAUCGCUGACCCCCGGGCCUCGCCCCUUCUGGUCCCAGACGCUGCUUUACGCUCGCUACCCAAGGCCUACGUUCUGACGUGUGAGUACGACGUGCUGCGGGACGACGGGGUGAUGUAUGCCGCGCGCCUGCGCCGCGCUGGUGUGGAGGUGACACACGAACACUACGCCAGUGGUUUCCACGGCGCCCUCAUGUUCACGGUGUGGCCAACCGACUUCCUGAUUGGACGCACGAUGACGGAAAACUUCAUCAAAUGGCUGCAGCAUAACUUGUAGAAAACAGAAGAAAAGUUACGAUCUUUCAAUGUUCAUUCCUGUUUCCCCUAGCAACUCAAUAGCCGUUGUUUAGGUGCUGCUUAGAUUUUUGUCUGUUUGGUUGUUUAUUCAGUGACAGACAGUGUUUUUGUUUAUGCUUGCAAACUGAUGGGUUUUUCUCUCUAUGUCACUGUGUCCCAACAACAAUACCAGAUACCAGUCAAAAACAGGUUUGUCUGGAUUUUCUAAUCACCAAGGCAACCAAUGAGGCAGAACAUGAGGCUAAGCAACUGAUACCAGAUACAAGACAUUUGAUGAAGCCAAGUGUUUCUACAUUUGAUUUCUGACACAUCCAUCUGAUACUGCAGCUGAUUCUCAUCACAUUUCAAAGUGUUUAAGGUUAAGUUUUGUCAUUAACUUCCUGGUGGCGUGAUGCUUGCAACACCCGGGUUGUGUGUUUGAUUCCUAUGGGGGGACCAGUAUGAAAAUGUAUGUGUUCAUUACUUCAUUACUGUUUAUUACUUACUGUAAGUUGCUCUGGAUAAAAGCAUCUGCUAAAAUAAUAGAACAUAUAACAUUUAAAAAAAUAAUAAUCUUAAGGUCGUUGACUCCUAAGGUUUAGGAUAGGCUUAAAACGAAAAUCUCAAAAACAACUAUCUAUCACUGGAUUCAAAGUUGCAACCUUUGGAAUCAGAAGCAGAUGCCUGUACCCAUCUGCUGUCCCUGUCCACAACACUCGAGCAAAACGGAAACCUACUUGAAGGUAACAGUGCUCAAUGUUGGCCCUAGUGGCCAGUGUCCGGUUUCCACGAAUACUGACUUGUAGUAUCACUUGUUAUUUAGUUGUGUAAAGUACUUCAGUAAAAAUGCUCUAAAGUACUAUCUAAGUAGUUUUUUUCACAACUUUUACUUUUACUUCACUACAUUCCUAAGGAAAAUAAUGUGCUUUUUACUGCAUACAUUUUCCCCUGACACCCAAAAGUACUCAUUACAUUUUGAAUGAAUAACAAGACAGGAAAAUGGUCCAAUUCACACACUUCUCAAGAGAACAUCCCUGGUCAUCCCUACUGCUUCUGAUCUGGCGUAUUCACUUAAACACAAAUGCAUCGUUUGUAAAUGACGUCUGAGUAUUGGAUUGGUCCCCUGGCUAUCCAUAAAAUAAAUUAAAUUACAAGAAAAUUGUGUUGUUUUCUUUGCUUAAUAAAAUAGUGAAAAAGACUAAAAGCAUUUGGUUUUAAAUAUACUUAAGUAUAAAAAGGAAAUGUAUUGCUAAAAUAUACUUAAGUAUCAAAAGUAAAUGUAUAAAUCAUUUAAAUUUCCUAAAAUGAUUUAUAAUUUAACUUUUGAUACCUAAGUAUAUUUUUGCAAUACAUUUACGUUUGAUACUUAAGUAUAUUUAAAACCAAAUACUUUUAGACUUUUUCUCAAGUAGUACUUUACUAUUUUACUUUCACUUUUAAUUGAGUCAUUUUCUAGUAAGGUAUCUUUACUUUUACUCAUACUUUAAGUAUGAGAUUUGGGUACUUUUUCACCACUGCUGUUAUUGAGGACCAGUAAAGAGUACUUGUGUUCUUCAGUUUAGUUCUCAUCCCAUACAGGCGCUGUAGGCCCAGUCAUCAUGUGUGGUGUACUGAGCCUCUUCACGUGUCUCCCCACCCACCCACCCACCCACCCAACCUCUCUCUCUCUCUCUGUCUCUCUCUCUCUCUCUCUCUCUCUCUCUCUCUCUCUCUCUCUCUCUCUCUCUCUCUCUCUCUCUCUCUCUCUCUCUCUCUCUCUCUCUCUCUCUCUCUCUCUUUCUCUCUAUCUAACUGGGUGUUAAUCCACCUGCCUUGUGACAUGGAAGGACCAACAUGAGGAGGGGAGGGACAAAGUGUGAAACCCCUACAGUAUGUCAGGUUUGGAGUGUUUCUAGUCUGAGCGUGUAGCUGUUAUUUUCCGGCUUUGAGGUUUAACAGAGCUGCAGUCAAUUGAGUGCAGUUUAAAGUAGUAGCUUUGAUCUUACUAUAGAGCUAAUGGUCUCCCUACCGGUCUCCCUAUGUUUCCUUAGAAAGCCUCCCCAGCUCAGCUGACACCCCUCACCACCAUUUGCAGAUUUGUUACAGAAUAAUGUUGUUGGGGGAAAUAUAGCUCAGUGUUCAUUAUCAUGGGAUUAGCGUUUUUCUGAGAAAGUGUUUUGAUGGCUUUGAUGACUGAUAAUCUAAUCUAUUUCAUUUUUGUUUCAGUAUUCUCCUUACAAAUCCUUGUAAAUAUCAUGGCCUGUUGUUUUUCAUGUGAAAUUAGAAUUGAAGACAUGCGUCAUUUUGUUAUUUUUUCUCACAAUAAAAUGAACCCACAUUUGA